GCAACGACGCCAGAAUCCUAGGAACGGCUUUUUUCUAACCGCUCCUGCCCACAGCGCCCGUUUGCUGCCAGCAAAGACCCUACACACCGCUCAAACCCCACCUGGAUUUAAGUUUGUCUUCGGCCCCGCCGUCAACAGUUUGCUCCGAAUCAACCCCUUUCCCUUGCCUCCCACGUCUCUAAGCGUCUCUCUUCUUGACAUCCUUAGUUCCGCCAUCCCUAGCGACCGGCCAAGCUGCCCGGUUCCUCUUUCUUCGUUCCCCUCCCGCCUCAGGCCAGCAGCCUUUUAUUUUAGAUAAUGCCUGGCGGUAAGCUUGCCCAGAGUUCAGAGGAAGGGGGCGUCUGCAUUACUGAAGCCCUUAUCACUAAGCGGAACUUGACCUUCCCUGAGGAUGAGGAUCUGUCAGAGAAGAUGUUUCACACUCUUGCAGAACUAGAGACCGUCCGCCUGGACCGGGAGGGGAUUACCACUAUAAGAAACUUAGAGGGCCUCAAGAAUCUUCACAGUCUCUAUCUGCAAGCGAAUAAGAUCCAGCGCAUUGAGAACCUGGCUUGUAUCCCCUCCUUGCGCUUCCUGUCCCUCGCAGGAAAUCGAAUCAGGCAGGUGGAAAACCUCCUUGACCUCCCGUGCCUCCAGUUUCUGGACCUUUCUGAGAACUUGAUAGAAACACUGAAGCUGGAUGAGUUCCCCCAGAGCCUUCUCAUCCUCAACCUGACUGGAAACAGCUGCACCAAACAGGAUGGCUACAGGGAGCUGAUGAUUAAAGCCCUGCCACUGCUCCUGGACCUGGACAAGCAGCCUGUGUUGGAGCGCUGGGUCUCCGACGAGGAGGAUAAAGCCUCAGGCGAUGAGGACGAGGAGUUCCCAGAGCUGAGUGGCCCAUUCUGCUCAGAGCGAGGCUUCCUCAAGGAGCUGGAGUGUGACAGAAGGUUGCACAAGGAGCGCAGGCAGCAGGAGGCCCUCGCAGAGCACCUUCUGAGGAUGGAGACAAAGCCCGCCCUCACUGACCUGCCCCUGUUGCCUGGGGUGCCCAUGGCUGGGGACAGCAGCCCUUCCAUCACUCCUGGGCAACGGAAGGAGACACCCCCUGAGGCUGCCUCCUCACCCCAGACCUCCUCUCCCACCAAGAAACCAUGUACGCUGGUUCCCAGGGGCCAGCAAAACUCCAUCCAGGCAAAGAAGGGGGCCCAAGCAGCCUUAGCCCCUAAGCCCUCUGUGGCUGGGGCUCCCAGUACAACCAAAACUAUGACCAAAAAAGUCAAGAAAUGAAGUGCGGCCUGUCUCGGUGAUGGAGUGGAGGGGCCUCCCCUCCGCAGACCCCUCACUCAUCUCCAAU